CAUUGGGAAACAAAGGGGAAAAAAGGAGGGCUGAUUCUUCCUUGUUUCCCAACCAAACACUGCCAUAGAGGCAAAAACAGGCCCUUCUUUCGGCCUGCUUCUUGCGAGGUUGGAACGCCGAAAGGGAACCCUCGUUCCGAAGACGACGAGGACGACCGCGCCGACGAUCCCGCCGAAGACGAGCCCUCAAACGAUGCGGGCGGCGGCGACGGGUGGAAUUUGGGGGGCAUCAUCAAAACCUUCGCGACGAAGUCGGAGUCGGUGAUCCAGACGUACCGCCGGGACCUGGAGGAGUUCCGCUCGGGUCUCAAGACGGAGACGGCGGCGAUCCGCGACGCCGCCAGCCGUGCCGUCCGCGACCUUCCCGGGUCACUGGAGGCCGGCGCCUCCGCCGCCCAGGUCUCCCUCGAGUCCGUCGGCCACGCCAUCGACGGGAUCAUCGCCCACGGCAAGGACGCCAUCCUCGCGCUCGACGGCAGCCCCCACCCCCCCUCCUCCUCCUCCGAUGAGCCGUCGUCGCAGGCUCCCCCCGGCAGGCGUUACACCCGGUUCGAAGCGCAGGUCCUCGCGAUCCAGUCCGAUCCGGCCACGUUCUCCGAGCAGCCCGAGGAUGCAGAGGACUUCGAGAAUUGGCGGUCGGGGUUCGACCCCGCCGGGAAGGAGGACGAGAUUGAGAUGCUGUUGUAUGAGAAUGCGGCGCUGGAGGGGUUUCUUGAUAAGUUCGUGCCGGGUGCGGUCGACUACGAGACCUUCUGGAGCCGGUACUUUUACAGGGUUCAUAAGCUCCAGCAGGCGGAGGAUGCGCGCGCCAAGCUGGUCAGAAGGGUGAUCUCCAGGGAAGACGAGGAGGAAGAUUUGAGCUGGGAGGUCGAUGAUGAUGAUGAUGAUGAUGAUGAUGAUGGUGGUGGUGGUGAUGAGGAGAAAGUCACCAAGGAAGAGGAAAAAUCCGAGCAGUGUAGGGGAGCACAGGCGGUGAAAGAAGAGAUACAAGAGGAGAAAGGAGAAGAAAAAGAAAUUGAAGAUAAAGAGGAAAAAGAAGCAGCACCAAAGAAGGAGGUGGAGGUGGUGCCAUCCUCGGAGCCGAGGGAGCUUGCGAAACUUGAUGAGGUGUCUCUGUCUGAGAAUUUAGGAGGCUUUGUGGCGCCAAUCACUGCAGUGAAAGGAGAGUAUACUGGAUCGAAUGGAGAGGAGUUGGCCUCUGAGUCGGGUGAUAGCAGGGCGGUGCAGGAAAUAAGGAAGGAGGAGACUGCGGACUCGGGCAAGGAUGGUAAUGUCAUAGUGGUUUCUACCCAGACCCAGCCAUCUGUGCCCGAUGAGGAUGAUUUAGAGUGGGAUGAGAUCGAGGAUCUUGGGGAGCAUGAAGACAAGAAAGUGGGUGCCGGCAGUUCCAGCCCUGUUGUCAGGGUUGAUUUGCGCAAGAGAUUGAGUGCUCCGGAAGAUGAUGAGGAUUUGAGCUGGGAUAUCGAAGAGGAGGAUGAGCCCCGUAAGCCCUAACGUAGGGCAUGAAAAUGUUGGUAAUUUAGCUUAAAGCAUUCGUUUCAACUACCGUAUUACUUAUUCUGUUGGAAUGUUGCAGUGCCAAUAAUGGUUGCUUCAGUCAUGUUUUUUAUUGUAGUGUGAAUAGUCAUACGUAUAGGUUUCGCAUUGGAAUUGCAGGUGAGUGUUUAUUGAAUUAACUCUCCUUGUUGUUGUGUUAAAUAUGGAAGUCUUUUAGUCAAUGAAUCAUAUUCUUUUGUUGUUCCUCUCACGAAGUAGCUCUAUAUAUAACUGGAAUUUUGUAA